GGAUCCAUCGUCUCGAUUCUCGAACCAAGAAUUUGCGAUAUUAUAUGAUAAUUAUAAUAUAAUUUGCUCGUCCGACGAGUCAUUCUUUGCUUCCCGCCAUGGAAAUCGAUUCGGAGAAGAAUCUCUGCAGAGCGCUUUGUGCCUACAAUUCCCUGGAUGAGGUGUUUGAAAUUCAGAAAGAAACUUAUAGGGGGCAGCAAUACAGUCAGAUUUACUUUGCUCGUCUUCACUUGAUGAGAACUCUCCUAUAUUCCCUAGUAUCCCGGUGGAAACCUCAUUUACCUGUAUGCACAGUGUUGGGACUGGAGGAGGGCAAGGAAUGUAUCAUCGUUGGAACGCUUUAUAAACACAUGAAGCUUAAACCUUGCAUACUUGAUGAGUAUUCUAAGGAGAGAUCUACAACACCACUCGUCAAGCCUCAUAACUUCGUGCACCCAGAUGAUCAUCUAGUUUUGGAAGAUGAAAGUGGGAGAGUUAAGCUCAGCGGGGAUCUGAUUUCACCUUCUGUGUAUAUAACAGGAAUCGUAGUUGCUAUACAUGGAAAAGAAACUGGGGCUGGUGAGUUUUUGGUUCUAGAUGUCCUGGAAGCAGGCCUCCCACCACAGACAGAACUUCCUCUUAAGUCAAGGGAAGACAAAUAUGUUGUUUUUGUUUCGGGCUUAAGUGUUGGGAGCAGCAACUCUAAUCCUCUUCAAUUUCAGCUCUUCGUUGAUCAUGUUACUGGUCAUUUAGGAGAUGAGAAGGAACAAAUUUUGGCAUCUCAAAUCGUUCAUGUUGUCAUAGCAGGGAAUUCUGUUGAGUUCCCUCGUGAACUUCUUAAUGGGCAGAAUUUGGCUGCAAAGGACCUCUCAAGGUUGUCUGAACCAAUAAAGGAACUUGAUAUUCUGUUGAAUCAGAUCACUGCAGGUUUGCCUUUGGAUAUCAUGCCAGGACCCAGGGACCCAGCUAACUACUCAUUACCGCAGCAGGCUUUGCAUAGAUGCCUUUUCCCUGGGUCAUCAGCUUACAACACUUUUAGAUCCUGUACAAAUCCUCACUGCUUUGAGCUUGAUAAUAUUAGAUUUCUCGGGACAUCAGGUCAAAAUAUAGAUGAUCUUGAUAAGUAUUCAGAGGCGAAAGAUAAACUUGAAUUCAUGGAAAGGACUUUACGGUGGAGGCAUUUGGCACCAACAGCGCCUAAUACCCUUGGGUGCUAUCCUUUCACUGAUAGGGAUCCUUUCUUCCUUGAGAGCUGUCCUCAUGUGUAUUUUGUUGGCAAUCAAGAUAAAUAUGAAACACGUGUGAUUAAGGGAUCAGAAGGGCAGUUGGUGAGACUCAUAUGCGUUCCUAAAUUCAAUGAGACUGGAGUGGCUGUUAUGCUAAAUCUGAGGGAUCUUCAAUGUCAUGCUCUUUGUUUUGGGACGCAAUUCAGCUCUUAAAUAUGCGCAACGAAGUUUCUGUGGUUAGGUAUGAUGUGCCUAUAUACAUGUGCAAGUUUUCAGUUUUCUGAAAUAUGGAUGUAGCUGCAUCCCAGGCACGAGCAGUAUACUACAAUUUACUGGUUAUUAGAAGUUUGUCGAUUGCUGCCAUCUCUACCCUUAAAGGGAAAGCCAAAAGGUGAAAAUUGGUGCUCGGAGCUGACGAGGGAUUUUUUGUUUUGUUUUAAUUGUAUUGCCGGUGUAGUGCUCUAAUCUUAUACACUUUAAGUUGAAUUUUUCCUAUCUGUAAUUGCAUGCUUAUGUUUUUGGUGUAAUAGUAAACAUUUGGGAAACUAGAAUUGUCUUGGGGAGAAGGGAUUGCAUUUUCCAGCAUAACAUCAUCUAUUACAUGCAUUUUUUUCAA